AUGGCUGAAGCCUCAUAAUACAAAGUUUUAUCUAGUUUAGGAUGUGGUUCAGAGCAUAUUGUAUAUAAAGUUGAAUUAAAUGUAAAUUCAGAGUUAUAUGCAAUAAAACUGGAAAAAUCUGCAGGAGUAGGUUAGUUGAAGAAUGAAAUAUAAAUGCUCUAAAAAUUAAAUGGAAUUGAAGGAGUUCCAUAAAUCAAACACUUUGGAUAAACUAGAGAGUAGAAGUACAAUUUAAAUUUAUGAAUUAGAUAAUUUUUAAUCGUACCUUUAUAUCAUUGUAGUUUAUUAGAAUUAGCAAAAUCAAGAAAGCUUAGUUAGACACAAAUAUUGACUAUAGGUUUAAGAAUAAUAGAAAUUAUUGAAAAAGUACAUUAAUAAAAUAUAUUACAUCUUGAUAUUAAACCAGAGAAUAUAAUGUUAUCUUAAUAAUCUUCAAAUGAUUAAGAUAUCUUAAGACCUGGUUUUAUUCAGUUAAUUGACUUUGGUUUAUCAUAAUAAUUUAAUGAGAAUUCAGAAUCAUUACAAGAUGUGUUUAUAGGUUCUUUAAAUUUUGCUAGUAGAUCUUCUCAUGAAGGAACACACCUUGGAUACAAAGAUGAUUUAGAAAGUUUAUUGUAUGUAUUAUUAUACAUUCGAGAUUGUAAUUAAUUAAUUAUAUAACUUUAGUUAGAUUGCCAUGGUCCGAGAAUACAUUUUGGGGAUAUUAAGAAUCUGAUUUCGAAAUGGUAGGAUAAAUUAAAUCUUCUUUCUUCAAAACUAAGCUUUUAUAACAAUAAUCUAAUCUAAAUUUUUAUCCUUUUAUGACUUAUAUAGACUAAUUAACUCAUAAUCUAAUGCCAGAUUAUGAUUAUAUCAAAAAACUAUUUGCUUAGAUGAUUUAUGCAUCUUAUUCUCUGAAAUCUAUAUAAAAUUAAGAAAAAAAGUAUGUCUUUUCUGGUUAAUUUUAAAGAGAGACAAUAUUUGAAAAUUCGGAAACCAUCAAUAUUUCUUUAGAUAAAUUUCCAAAAUCAAAUAAUUAUGAAGAAAAUGAAAACUUUCAUGAUAGCAUUUCUACCUUAGUCUCUAAAAUGAUUGGAUAAUAUACUACACAUUAGAUUAAAUCAAUUAAAGACAUUUCAUAAUGA